GACAAAAUACGCGAAGUUUAGGCCAAAUAGGAGAGGAGGCGAGUACAGAAUAGCUACGUAAUUGUGAAGAUUACAAUCGCAACUUCGCUCCUUUUUGGUCCAAAUCGAAUAAUAAUAAUAAAAAUUAAAUUUUCUAUCACUCUCUCGAGAAAUAGGAUUUUGAAAAUAUAACAAAUACAAACAUUCUGAUGCUACUGAGGCAACAUAAAUCAUUUUCAAAUUCCUUUGUUUAAUGAUCUGAUACCGUUUGAUUUUGACGACGAUGUUGUCGGCUUUAUGUCCCACCGUUCGAGACUCCGGUGGCGGAGUUCUCGAUCGAUGCUAUCGCGUUUUCCCUUGUCUCGCCGAUCCUGCUCGGAGAUCAUCUUUGGGAUUGAAAGCAGCGCUAGUGAUGCUGCAUCUGGUAUUUCUCGGCGUUCUCUUUCUUUUCGAUAGUGAUUUGAUAGAGAAAACCAAGCAUCAACCAUGGUAUACUGGAUUGUAUCUUUUGUUGUUUGUCAUCACAUUGGUGCAAUAUUUUGUGGCCUCUGGUUCUUCUCCCAGUUAUGUUCUUGAUGCAAUGAGAGAAGUAAAUGAGACAAAUGCUAUGUUUAGACGGGUAUCCAUAUCCUCAAAACAACCUGCUUCAAGUAAAAAUGGGAACAUGGUCAUUGCUGUUGAGGAAAGUCAGUCAGGGAGAUAUCUUCCAGGAAGUAAUGCAACAUCCUGGACAAAGCUAGUCCUUGAGAUGUAUCCCCCCGGGACAUCCAUUAGAUCUUUGACGUGCCCAUAUUGUAAUGUUGAACAGCCUCCACGUGCAAAGCAUUGUCACGAUUGUGACAGAUGUGUUCUUCAGUUUGAUCAUCAUUGUGUUUGGCUUGGAACAUGUGUUGGCCAGGGUAAUCACUGUCGAUUUUGGUGGUACAUUUGUGAAGAAACAGCAUUGUGCCUCUGGACUGGCAUCUUGUACAUUACAUAUUUAAAAGCUAACAUAUCAAGGGCUUGGUGGAAGGAUGCAAUCAUGAUAGUUCUACUGAUUAUUUUGGCAAUAACUUUGAUUUUCCUGCUCCUACUACUACUUUUUCAUAGCUAUCUUAUUCUGACAAAUCAGACGACCUAUGAACUUGUAAGACGUAGACGCAUCCCCUAUUUAAGGGGGAUUCCUGAACGGGUAUAUCCCUUCAGUAAAGGAGUCUGCAGAAAUCUGUACGAAUUCUGUUGUGUUAGGAGCAGCAUAACUAAUUUGGAAAGGUUGCCGACAGCCCUGGAACUUGAAGAAAAGUCAAGACCCUACUCAUGCUUCGAUUUUUUAACUUGCCGUUGCUGCUGACAUCUCGGGGCUUUGUAUCAUUGACUUCAUUUGUCCCACACAAUUUAUUGCUGGGUUUUAUUUGAGAGCAUGGUUUUACAUUCAUUUGUUAUUUUUACUGCAUGGCAUUACAGUAGGUGCAAUUUGCCAAUGGAAGAUUACCCAGUUCACGGAUAUACAAUGUAAUAUGGUGUAGAUUUCCAUUUGAUAGGUUAGUUUAAUUUUCAAGGCUUAAAGAAGCUUGCUUGAAUACCAGUGUUGAUGACAAGGUGAGGCUUCGCAUAGAUUGGUAAAGAGGUUAAUGCUUUAUCUAUGAUGAAAGGAUUAGCAUCCUUUCCACGUUUGCUCUCUGUUCAAUGAACAUGAAUGCAAUUUUACUGAGGUUUAAUUUUUUUUCAAGUA